AUGAAUCAUCAACAACCAUUGGAAGAAGAUACCAUCAUGGAAAUCAAGGAAACUGACAUGCUUUCACCUACUGGUGACAGUGAAACAACAUUCAGAACUGCCCAUUUUCUCAAACCUAUUGCAAACUCCAUUCAUGAACUUAACUACAAUCACUUUAACUUUAACCCAUCAUCAUCUUCUUCUGGUUUUGAACCAAAGAAAGGGUCUUUCAAAAUCCGUUUCAAUGGGUGGCGUUACCCACAAACCAAAUGGGAUAGGUGGGUUGAUCAACUUAAGCCCAAGUAUGAAUCAGUGUGGAAGAAAGCUGGAAUCUUUGAACCUAUAAUGAGUACUAAGAGCCACAUAAUGAAAAAUCAAGACUUGGUUUAUGGGGUUGUUGAGAAAUGGUGUUCUGAGACAAAUACAUUUGUGUUUCCAUUUGGUGAAGCAACAAUCACUUUGGAGGAUGUUUUGGUUUUGGGAGGUUACUCUCUCUUUGGUCAUCCUGUUUUCACAUCACUUGAAGAUCAGAAAAUGAAAGAGGUGGAGCAAAAGCUCAUCAUUGCAAGACAGGAGAGGACUACAAACUGUCAGACACCUUCAACAUCAAUGUGGAUGGAUAUUUUCAUUGGUAGAGGGAGUGACAUUGAACAUGAAGCAUUUCUUGCUACUUGGUUGUCAAUUUUUGUUUUUCCUCAUAAAUACCAUGUGGUGAAAAGUUGUUUGUUUCCUAUUGCUAUUCUUCUUGCUAGAGGGAAUCCUAUUGCUUUGGCACCUGCUGUGUUGGCUAGCUUAUAUAAAGAUUUGAGUUUGUUCAAGAAACAAAUUGUUAAUUUUAAAAAAUUUCCUGAUAAAUUUCCCUUGGUAUUGGAUGUUAAUCUACAAUCACCCUUUUACUUGGUUCAAGUUUGGGUUUGGGAGAGGUUCAAAAAUUUGCAACCACAACCCAAUUUGAUCAACAAUGGAGACCAUGUAUUGUUGAGGUGGCAGGAGGUUAAGCCGUUGAAUAUUAAGAAUGUAAGGAUGGAAUUAGAUUCAGCUGUGGAUGAUUUUAUUUGGCGUCCUUAUGUUCGAUAUGCUGAUAAGUGUAGAAUGUUUUAUCCUAAUGAAGAAAUUUUGGUACCAUUAAAGGAAGAUUUGAUGGAUGAACAAAUGCGUUCAUUUGUUAUAUGCUUGAGAGUUUCUGAGCUAGUUGGGUUUGAAUCUAUAGAGCAAUAUCUACCACAUAGAGUUGCUAUGCAAUUUGGAUUGGAUCAAGAUGUUCCUGGUUAUGUGUCUAGAUCCAAUGCGACUAAAGCCAUUGCUUGGAAAAAUUACAGCAGACCCUUAUCCGAUUCUGAUAAAAGUUUAUAUUUUCCAUCUAGAUUUUUUGUGGCUGAUGUUACCUUGCGUUAUGCAAAUUGGUGGAAGAAAUUGGUAUCACCUCCUCAGGGUUUUGCUAAGAAUGUUGUUCCACAGAAGAGAAGUGGAACAAGUUCAUCAGAAUGUAGACCUCAUUCUAAGGUUCCACUUGAGUUUCCUCUUCCUAAACUUGUUAGUUGCACUGCUGUUACUUAUGGAAAAUCUUGUGGUGAUGAUUCAAAAACUAGCAAGGGAGAUAAUAUUGUUAGUGAUGACGUUUCUUCUAAUUUUGUUCCUAAACUUCUGAAAACUAUACCCUCCGAAAGUUCUGUUCCAGAUGGUUUGAAAGUUGGUGAAAAUAUUGAUGCUGAUGCUCCUUCAAGUUUACCACCAAAACAGAACAUUCUGACUCCUUUGAUGUCUUCUGAGAAUUGUAAGCAUGAGUUGGAAGAUGUUGAGUUUAAAGAAGUAAAUGAGAGCAAAGAAGCAGACUGUCAAAUGACAGAAGCUGCGAAUCCGGGACUCAAGAAGAAAGCUAUAUUGAUUUAUGUGAAGGAAUCACAGCAGAACUUGAAGAAAGAGUUAGCCGACUUGAGAAUUGAAUGGAAGGUUGAUGCUUUGAAGCCACUUGAUAGAAAUGGAUUUCAAGAGAACAUGGAAUUUCUUGCAGAGAUUUUGCUUUUGAGUCUUUUAUACCACCUUAAUCUUGUCAAUUUAGUAGAAUUAUAG